GAGAGAGAGGGAGAGAAAGGCGGCCGUACGCGCCCGAGGAGAGCGUGGAAAAGGGAAAGGAGCCGGGGAGAAGAGCGCGCGGGAGCGACCGGCACCGUGCAGGAAAGGAAGAGAAAUGACACAUAAUUAGACCAUGAGCAGAGCUCCGGGCCUUAGUUUCGAAAGCUUUCCCAUCUCCCGUUUAACUCUUUCGGCAUCUAGUGUCCUCCUGCCUCUUGGAGUAGAAACCCUGCUAGCUGCUGUCGGGGUUGCUACCUUGGCGUCCUUCGCUGCAGCUUGGAAAAGCAAGACAUUCGCCCUCUGAAAAACAAAAAAAGUAAACCCAUUAGUGGUUUCGACGGAGCAGACGCGGGAGGAAGUUGUGCGUUAGCAACCAGAUCCGGGAUGUUAUAAGGGUGCAAAAAAAAAAAAAGAAAAGAAAAGAAAAAAGAAGAAGAAGAGGAAGAAAGGCGCCCGAUCGUAUUUCUCGGUAGAUCAUAUGCCACUGGAGCCACAAGUGGGGUGUACCUGCAGUUGCUCGGCGCCGACUGGACGCGCUUUAGAUGCGAGUGCGGGCUUAACUCUUCCCUGGCUCCUUGGAUUUGUACCAUGCUCGAGAUCCUCACGAAGCAGCUCAGGAAUCAAAGUUUGAAUGAGAUUCAGCCUUUCCAGCUGAAGAUUUCCUACACACCAAGUGAUGAGGAAGACAGUGAUGAUUCUGAGGGAGAGAACCAGGAACUUGCUCAGAUUGACAGAGAGAGAAGACGGAAUUGCACCUUGACUCCCUUGGCAACCAAUCAACAGCAAAAUCAAGAAAAUCAGUGCUGCAAAGUUCGGGGCCAUUUUCCUUCUGGGCUGGACCACCAUAGCUCUGAAGAGGAGUUGGAAUGUAUCACCCGUGAAUUUGCUGCUGAGAAACGGAAGUGGUCUCAGGUCAGCAAGCUUGGCUGCUGCAGUGACAGCUGUAAUACCUCCUCCAGUGAUGAGGAAGUAAAGACCUUGUGUGGCAAAUCCUUCCGGCCAGUGGUCGAAGCUGUGGAGGGUUUGCGUGCCAGUCCUAGCCCAGUGCUCUUCAGUGCCUCACCUCCUAAGAGACUGCAGUCCUUGGUACGGACCACAUCAUCCCGGCCUAUAAUUUUUACAAGCGUCGGAGGCAGCUUUGAGCAAGGGAUGCCGUGUAAACGACACCGACAGGGCUAUGGUGACAAAGUCGGGAGGCCCAGUCUCGAUCUGGAAAAAAUGCAGCAAAAGAUGCUGUUUAAGAAGAAUUGUGGUACAAAGACAAGGAUCAUCAAAAUCCGCCAUAUCAACGGGAGCCGGCCCCCACCUCACUUUGUGUAUGAUCCGUCAAUUUUUGCCUUCCGAUCCCUGAGCACCUUGAAGCCUUUGAGCCCAAUAGCUCCAGUUGAAGACCCAUCAUGUGCCUACUGAACGAUAUACUCAAAAGUCUCAGGAAUCAUCAUAUCAAUCAGCUGCCCCAGGGACAUGGAGGGCACAUAUUUUGAAUAGGUACCAGGAUCCUUGGUGUCAGGAGAUUGGUGUCUUGUCUCUUGUCUGUUUUACAUGCCAUUAUAAUUUCUGAAGAUUGUCAGAAAGGAAAUGUAUGUGCAUCGAGCAAGCUAGGCACAUACGUUGCGAUGCAAUUAUCAAGAUACUAUUGAUUCACAGAAGGCAGGUUUCUUAUAAAUGGAGUGAGCACAUUACCUUAUAACUGAUCUUCAGUGGGUGGGAGCACUUAGCCAAACUUGGCUUAUUUCAGAAGCUAAGUUAGGUAAGGCCUGUAUGUAGAACCACCUGGGCAGUCCAAAGUCGUUAACUGGAUUGGUAAAUACGAAAGAAAUCUCAAUCCAUAGUGGGGGAAAGACAUCGCAAACCAAUUCCAUAACAUCACCAAGAAAACAGCAUGGAUGCAGUCCUAGGAGUUGAGUGCAGCCUGAGACCAUCUUCACAAUAUAUUAUAAAUGAGCAACUGCCCAUGAAAGGCCAACUUGUAAGCUGCUUUCUUGUUCUUUAUCUAAUAGAAUUAUUCCGUCUAUGUAGGAAUGUUCAGUAGACUAGGAUUUAUCCAGGAAUUGGAAGGGUCUCUGCUUUUAGUAUGAGUCUGAAAGACUAGAAACAUAUGUUCUUCAUCUCCCAGGGUAGGUAAACCUAUUUGGUUUUGUGCCACCAAGUUAUAAGGCUAUAGCAAGAAGCUGUGCAGCAUCUGAAUUGCUUUGAAAUUAGUAGAGUAUGAAGUUAAAGAGAAAGCUAUGUAUUUUGUUCAGCACAAAUAGAAUUAGAGCUCUACAGAGCCGUAGGAUAUUCUAUAACUGGAUAGAUAUUUGCAGGUAGAAGAAUAAAUAAGAAAUUAUAAUUUGCUUUGAUGUGUCUGGGCAUCCUUUAUAAAGCCAUGUGAAUGUCACAUGAUGUUCUCUUAACAAAGUUGGAAUGAAUUCCUCCAAUGAUUGGUUUGCGCAUCCAACAACAUGCCUUAUAGCACCCACAUUGUAAACAAUUUCUAGUCAUAUGAGAUGGUAACACAGAAGGCAGGAAUAUGACUAUAAAUUGCUUUUGAUGCAUAACCCACUGGUUUAGGUGGAUGUUAUGUCAGACAUACAUAUGUGGGAGGAAAUACUUUACAGGAUCAUGAUCAUGAUACUUUACAGGAUCAUGAUCUAUCUUAUUAAUUUUGGGUUUUUUUGCUGGUAUGAGUAAUGGGCAAAGCAAAAAGAAGACAUGUUUUAAUAAGAGUGACUUUACAGAGGCACCCAUGUAUUUCAAGCGCAGCUCUUCUCUACACCUUGGUAAUAGGUUCUGCUUUGCAUUGUCAUCUUAGAUAUCAAUUAUUCAUGUAAUCACUUGGCCCAAUUAUUCAGGUUUUUGUGCUAAUCCAGUGAAGCCUAUAGUGUAUUCUGAGAUUAGGAAAGUAAGUUUUAACAUUGUGCUAUAUUGUCUUCUCUAUAUAUGUCAAAGACAUUUCAGUCUGGACUGGUAUACUAACCAUAUGAAGAACAAUCUAGAAAGCACUCCUAUGUUAUGUAUUUUUUAAUUAAAGAAUAUUGGAAACUAUAACUUCACCACUGUUUGGAAAAGAUUUCUGCUGUCUUCUGCAAUUAAAAAAGUAGACUAUAGGAGUUGAAGAUGGCUCAAAUGGGGGGAAAAUAGCCAACAGCUCAGAGAUUCCUUUUAUCAUUGGAAUCUUAAGGCCAGAAGCUUCCUCGUCAGAAUGAAUUAACUCAUCUUAAUCCUAGCUGUAAAUAUGUUGGGUUUAUAAAACCUGGUGGCAAAAGCAUAAAGAAUAAAGAAAUACACGAGUUAUUUCUUUGCUAUACCAGUCUAUUUAAGAAGAAAUCAGGGAUGGAUGGGCACAAUCCUUCUUAAACCACUACCAAUUAAAUAAGGCAAGAUUAUAUUCUUAAUUGGUUUAUUGACAAGGUCAAAAUUGACAUGCAACAAUGUAGUUUGUUUUUCAAAGCAAUUGUUCUUUUCUUUUACUUGAAGGAGUGGGAGGUUCCCUUUUAUCUUCUAAUCCUAAAGAUGAUUGUUUUUAUAGGUCAGUGCACAUGUUGAGAAUCUAUAAUCCCAAAGGAUUUGGCCUUCCUAUAGUAAUGAUAAGGGCAAGCGUAAUGUGAGUUUGCUGUUUUGGCAGAUUAGACGUGACCUAUAAACCACCAGCACCUGUCAUGGUCAGGAUAAUUUGGAAUGUGUUUUCAUGCAUAUAAAGCUGCCCUCGUUUGUUCCAUAGAUACUGCAGAGUGGGGUUUUUUUGGGGUGGGGUGGGUGGGUUGCGACUGAUCUAGAAGAUAUUGUUAUGAUACUUUAAGAUGAAGGUCUGGAAAUGGAGAUGACCGCUGAUGAAGUGCUUCUCUUUAAUACUUUUUGUAACAUUUCUCUGUCUUUGGUUUUUAAUGAGAAAAAAUAAAAUUAUAUUUUAACUGC